AUGACCAGGAACAACAACAAUAAUAAGAGGAAGAGUAGUGAUAGUAGUGGAAAACAGAAGAAGAGGAAGAUACAAACUGGGGAAUUACCAUCAUCAAUACCUUUGGAUUCAAGAGAUGGAGAAGGAGAAGUGGAUUUCAUUUUGGAAUCAGGAGAUUUUGAAUAUAAACCGGAAUAUGAGGAGUGGAAUCAAGUACCAUCGGAAAAGCAAUUAGUUUUUAGUGUUAUUUGGGGAGUUUUUGCUAAAUGUGCAAGAUGUAAAAUCAAUCAACAUUUGGAUAUGAAUGCUAGUUGUACAAUUAAUCAUGAAACUCUUGGAUCAUGUGCACAUCAAGUAUUUUAUUUGAUGAUGAAGGACUCAAAGGGAGAAUUUCGUAGAUGGUAUCAGGAUGUUUGGUGGAAUGGUAUUAGAAAAAGAAGCAAAUGUAUUCAAUUUAUAUUCCGAAAUUGUUUACCGAAUUUUGAUAAAUAUGAUGAUUGGGGAAUGGUAUUAAUAUUGCACACCAACAACACAUCUCAAUUUGGAACACUCAAAUGUAGACAACAAAUGAAUAUUACUAGAAUGUCAAUAACUUGUAAUAUUGAAACAGGAGAGGUUUGGAGUUCUUUUAGAUUCAAGAAGUCAAUUGAGAAAGUACGAUAA